AUUCCUCUGGUACUCAGCAGGGCUGGCUUAUUGAUGGACAGAGGAGAGGGACUUUAUAAAAGAUGGUGGAGGUCUUGCUUUAUUAGUCAAGACUAAGAGGAACAAGAGGAGCACAGAGGAAACCAUUUUCUUUAACCCAUGAUGGGUUACUGCACGCUGUAUCUGUUACUGCUGCUGAGCAGCUACACGUUGGCUCAGGGAGACAGUGACAAUAAUGAUCAAACUUCAACUUGUCUGUUGGUAUCCAGAUUCAAGGCCCAUAGGAAAUAUUUGUACCAGUACACCACAGAGAGCAGUAAUGCUGUGGUGAGCAUUGCCAACCAGAGCAUCGGCCCGAAAGUCUCUUGUCAGGUGGAGAUCGAAGUCCCUCAGAUGUGCAGAUUCAUCAUGCACACCAGGGACUGUGCUCUCAGCGAGGUGUCGGUCAAUGAUCCCCAGAACGGACCGGUCGACACGCAGGCCCCCGGCUCUGAGGCCUUCAAGGCCGCAAUGGAACAGAACCCUCUGAAGUUCACCGUGGAGGACGUCACCAGCGUCCAGCUUUACCCCGAGACGGACGAGCCGGUCAACAUCCUCAACAUCAAGAGGGGAAUCAUUUCAGCACUCCUGCUGCCUGUCAUGGAGGAUGAACAGCGCAGCCUCAUGAGCACGGUCCACGGCCAGUGUUUAACAGCCUACUACGAGAACGCCAGGAAAGACAUCGCCACGGAUGUGACACUGUCCAGGGAUAUGUCCCAGUGUGACCAGUUCUAUGGCAGGGAACAAGCCAGCAGCCCCCUGGCCCUGCUGCAAAAGCUGCAUCACCCCCUAUCUCAGCUGAUCAAAAGCACUCAAGACUGCAACUACCAUUUGGAUAACAAGGGAAAGCACAUCACAACAGCCAAGUGCAGAGAAGAACACUACUUUGUGCCCUUGUCCCAUGCGAUCUCUGGGCCUCCGUCUGUGGUGACUCAGGAGCUCAGUUUUCAGAGCUCUAAAAGGACCACCAACAGAGUAUUUGACGUGGACUGCAGCCAGAGCAGGCCUCUCCACUUUGAAGACCCUGAUGAUAAAGCUCCAGUCCAGACGAAGGACGCCGCUCUGAGAACCAUGCGGGACCUCCUGGCUUUGGCAGGAUCGGACCAGGGUCAGAAGAGAACUGGCCUUUUCCAUAAGCUGGUGUCCAGCUUGCGCGCCCUGAGGAACGAAACACUGAGCCAGGCGGUCACUGAGAUGUUGGAUACGUCAGUCUGGCUCACCUGGCAGUCUUUGCUCCAGUGCGGCACCCCGGAGUGCACCAGUGCCGUCCUCCAGGCUGUCCGGACCAUUGAUGGGGUGUCUAUAGAGGUGGACGCUCUAGUCUACGGGCUGAGUCUACAGGCCAACCCCGACGCUGCACGUGUACGAGACAUGCUCAGCAUGGCUCAGCGUAAACCUAGCAAGUCAAUCAUGUAUGCGCUAGCCAACACAGUCAAGAAGUUCCAUAAAGGAGAGGUUACUCCAGUGGUCACAGAGGUGUCGGAGUUCAUGCUGACACUCUUAGAUGGUGGCUUAGGAGCAUCACCUGAUCCCGAGUCUGAUUAUCCUGUGGAGAAUGAAGAGAUGGCCUUCCGUGUACUGAGGGUCGUUGGUGUCAUGGGUCAAGCCAUGCAAGCCGUCAGCCCCAGACUGACCGACACCAUUCUGUCGUGUGCUCAGGCAAAACACAUUCCAUUAUCAAACCAAAAGGCAGCCAUACAGGCAUUUCGGUUGAUGGAUAUCACUGAUGAGAUCAGAAGGGUUCUCAGGGAAGUAUACCUGGAUGCUCAAGACCAUGUUGAAAAACGCAUAGCAGCCUACCUGAUUCUGAUGAAGAACCCAGACCAUGCCCUGGUUAAAGACAUCGUAGACAGGUUGGCGAACAUGGAGGACGAGCAGCUCAAGAGCUUUGUGGUCUCCCACCUGAACAACAUCCACUCCUCACAGGACCCACAGAUCAGUAGGGUCAGAGAGUAUGUUGACUUGGCCUUGACUGAAGAUCUACCACCCACAAAUGGCAUGUCACAGAACUACAGAAUAGAGACUCCCCUGGGCACAGCACAGAGCAACAUCAUCUUCGAUGGCUUGGACACAUUACCUAAGGAAGUGAUGCUGGAAACAACACUGAAGGUUUUUGACUACAACUAUGACAUCUUUGAGGUCGGAGUUGAGGGAACAGGAUUUCAACCAACAAUCGAUGCUCUCUUUGGAGAAAGAGGCUUCUUCCCAGACUCCAUCUCCAAAGCUUUGUACUGGGCGGGUGACCAAGCCCAGAUGGUCAGAGAGGUUUUGGACAGAAUGGCCCCCGACUCAGACAGAAUGAGGAGACAGGUCCCAGAGGAUCUUCUGCAAGAUGUUGCAGACAAUGUGAGGAAGCUCAUGGAUGAUGUGCGUCGCUCUCAUGCCCCUGAAGCCACUGCCUUUCUUCGACUUCUGGGAAAUGAGAUAGGAUACAUGAAGCUCGGGGACAUACGGCAUAUGGUUGAGACUCUCUCCAUGUACUUCCAUUUUUACUUCAGGAUUCUGCCUGCCCAGGCCUUUUUGGCAUUGACUUCUAGCACUGAAAAUGAAGUCUUCGCCCACUACAUCUUCAUGGAGAAUACCUUUUCUCUACCCACUGCCUCUGGCUUCCCUCUGAAGUUCUCGCUGGCUGGUGUGGUUGCACCUGGUGCCAAAGGAGGCCUGACUUACUCACGUGCUAGUACUGAGUUGUCCUUUAUGCCUUCAGUUGGGCUGGAAUUCAUCACCCAACUGGGUGUGCACAUUCCAGACUUUGUGGAGGCUGGGCUUGAGAUGCACACUAAUGUGUACCACGAGAGCUCCCUCAAUGCUAAGGUCACCGUGAGCAAGAACCAGAUACGACUGUCCAUGCCUGCCCCUAAGUCAAACACUCAGUUGCUCAGCUUUAGCCACCAGCUACUGUCUGUCUCCUUUGGUCAAACCAAAGUAGUUCCAUCCCUGGUGGAUGACCGGACUGACUCAGCUGACUGCCAGCCCCUAAUCAGUGGUCUGAAAUUAUGCACAAUAGCGCGUUACAUGGACGGGGCUCCAUAUUACUCCCUGACUGGAGAAACCAGGUUUGCGGUUGAAAUCCAGCCCACGGGAGAAGUUUCAGAGUAUACUGCUACCAUCACUGAUGAAACACUCAGGGAGGGUAAAAAGGGUCGUCAUAAAGUUGAGACCCUGAAGCUAACUCUGAAGGCAGAAGGUGACGAUUCAUCAGAAGUCUCUGCAGCUCUAAAAUACAACCGCAACAAGAACAUACUCACCUCUGAGGUCAUCAUACCUGACUAUGAUGUGGAAGCAGGAAUCAAGCUGGCUGUAACUGACAGUGAUAACAAAGGGAAGAAGAUGCGUGGUAUCACCAUUGAUGUCAGUAACAAGAACAUCCCACAGUUGACUCUCGUUGGACGGACAAGACUUGACAUGAUGAAGGAUGCUAUGCUGCAACUUCAGAUGAUCAUUCCUUCUCUGAAAAUGGAUGCCUCUGUCACUGCCACCUUGAGGAAGGAUGAGGAUAUGCUCAUGGACCUAGAGACAGUUAUCAGCCUCCCAGAAACAUCCUACCAACAGAAAGCUGCCCUCAAAUACGAUGAUGACAAGUUUGAACUGGAACUGAAAUCGGAUCUGACUUCAGAGAUUCAGAAACUGAUUCCAAAUGUAGAGGAUCAUCACAGGGAGCUGCAACAGCUCAUUGAUAAUAUCCUGGACCAGCAAGUGGCCAUGACAGAUAUGAAAUACCGUCACAUUGUAACCAAAGGAAUUGAGGCAGGGAAUAUAUGGCUGGACAAACUGACAGCACGCAUCCCCUAUCUUGCAAACCUGAGAAGUAAGAGGAGCAUCUCAGAUCUCACUUUGCCAGCCCUGCCUGAGAAACUAUUUUUACAGUCUGACAGCCUGUUCCGAUACCAGUUCAACAAGGAAAAAAUGGCAAUCUCCCUUCCUCUUCCACUUGGAGGCAAAAAGUCAGAAGAACUGAACUUCCCAACCACUCUGUCUGUUCCUGUUAUAGAUUUACCACAGAUAGGCCUUUAUAUCCCCGCCAACAACUAUCGACUUCCAUCAUUCACUGUGCCGCUUUCAUUGGAUUUCACUGUCCCCCUUCUUGGUCUCACUGAAGCAUCCACCAAGCUCAACAGCAACUUCUACAGCUGGGAAGGCUCCAUUUCAGGGGGCAACAACACUGUUGAUGUCCCAAGCUACAUUGCACAGUACAAGACCAUGGCCCAGUCACCUUUCAACCUGCUAUCAUACAAGCUUGAAGGAACCGGGAUGAUGUCAGGAAGAGCUGAUGAUAAUCUCAAGUAUCAACUGGAGAGUACUUUCAGCCAUGGCCUCCUUGAAGCCAGCUUCAGUGUCUCAGAAAUGUUAAGAGUUACAAACAAAUUACAUGCGGAAGCCAACUAUAAGAUUGAUGCCUCCAGCCCACUGGGCCUGCAAGCCUCUCUCUACUACUCUGCUCAGUCAACUUCCACUCUAGAUUCGGAUGAAGUCUCAGGAGAUGGCACCGUAGAUGGAUUGCUUAAUAUAGGUUCAUUCUACACCAACACCUCCUACACUCACAGCUACAACCUGCGGCCACUAGAUAGAGAGGGAAGAGGAGAGUCGACUUUUAACUUCAACUCGCCAUUCAUCCAAGUUCACAACAUGAUCGACGGAGUCUAUGCAAACUCUGAGUUGAACAUUGUGUCCAAAACCAAUGCCCAAAACGACAUCCUUAGGCACGUCGCAGAGCUCAGGUAUAAAGAUGCACAACUGAUCCUGAAAUGCACUGCUGUUGCCACAGCCAUGGGGAAAUCUCUAAACAACCAAAUUGAGCUUGGUGUGUCAAGCCAUAUGGGCCUCCUGAGAAUUGAGACCAAGGCAGAUGAUGACACAAAUAUGGUAUACUCCCUUAUAACAGGAUCCCUGGAUUCAAAUGGGCUUGAGGUAAACUCUGAAGCUUCUGUCACCUUAGACACAGGUAGUCGUGGAAUGCACAAAGCUUCUGUGAUGGUUGGCAGAAAUGGUCUUACCACAAGUGGAAUUAACAGCAUUCAGUGCAGCCCUGUAACAGUGGAGAAUAUAUUCAAUGGCGCCAUAGACAUCAACGGAGCAACCCUGUCCUCUAGCACCAAAGCAAUGGCUGAGGAGAGCAGAGGAGAGCUGAACAUCGAGAGUAAAAUCACGGCUGCUGAAGCUUCUUUGUAUGGUGACCUCAAGGGCCAUGCAUAUGAUGCAACCACAAGAAACAACAUGAAUGUUGUACUGAACCGAAGGGCUCUGACCUUUUCUGGCAAUGCAGUGGGAAAAAUGAAUCAGAUGAAUACAGAAAAUAGCCACACUCUGACCCUUACUCUGUGGACCCUAGCCCUACGCUCCAAGACCAACAACUUCAUCUGCGAUGAUAUGUAUUACAAGCAAGACACCAAGAUUGAUAUAAAGCCAUUUGUCAUGUCAUUUGAUAUGACAAAUGCCUUAAGGUUUUAUGAUGUCAGUUUGAACAGUGAAGGUCACAUGAAGCUGAAGCCUAUUAAGGUGGAUCUCAGUGGAAGUAUGAUGGGAGCUUAUGGAGAAGAAAACAACAUGAAAAAUACCUUUGAACUCACCUAUGAGGAUAUGGCUGGUACGAUGAAAUACGGCACAUCUGGGAAUUUAAUGGAUGCCCAGCUAAGUCACAACUGUGAACUUGAGUUUGCUGGACUUUCCUCCAAGUCAAACUGUGAAACACGGAUAAAUUCCGAGCCCCUGCGAUUUGACAGCACCGUUCGCACCAUGGCUCUGCCUUUCAGCCUCACUGUUGAUGCCCUUGUCAACAGCGAAGGAGAAAUGAAUCUAAAAGGGAGGCACACCGGACAGCUGUACAGCAAAUUGUUGGUUAAAGUUGAGCCCCUAGCUCUUGCUUGCUCACAUGACAGCAGGCUAUCAACCACGCAUAUGAUUUCAAGUGCGGAGUCUUCCACUAAUUUAGACAACAAAUUUGAAAGUCUCCUGACACCAAGUGACCAAGCUCUGACCUGGAAAGUAAAAUCUAAACUUAAUGACCAUGCUUACAACCAGGACAUCAGUAUGUACAAUCAUCCUGAGAGUAUUGGAUUUGAGUUUUCAGGAGGUAUGUUAACAGACAUUUUAGGCAAAUUUGGCAGAAACAAGAGAUCCCAACCAGAAAUACAAGAAUACAGUAUGGCUGGUGUCCUCAAGUAUGAUAAGAACAGUGACUGCCAUAUCAUUGAGAUCCCAUUGAUUGAGAGCUUUCCUGCUGCUUUUGAGCAGCUCAAGAACACACUUGUACAAGCACUGGAAUCACUUCAACAGUUCAUCAACAAUUUAGAUAUUAAUCAGUUAAUCACUGACCUUAGAGCUAAGUUAGACCAGCUACCUAUUCAAGUGAGUGAUUUAAUGCGAGAAAUUGACUUGGAGAACAAAAUGAAUCAAGCAAAAGCAAAACUUGAUUAUUUGAUUGGCGAGUUUGCUGUAACAAUGGAAGACUUAGAGGAUGCAAUGAAGAACUUGAUGGACAACUUUGAAAAUACAGUGAUAGACGUUGCCACCAAAAUUAGAGACCUCAUCCUGACAGUCAGCGACUAUGUCAAGGACGGACACCUUGCUGACAGGAUAACAAAUGUACUUUCACAAGUUGAAAGUCAGCUUCUGGCCUUUGAUAAGAAGUAUGGAAUCAAGCAGUCACUCAUCAAAGCACUUAAUGUCAUUGAGGACAUCAUCAGACAAGUUGAUUUCCAGAAGCUCACAGAAAGCGGUGCUGCAUGGCUGCAAGAGCUUGAUUCUGAAUAUUUAAUCUUGGAAAAAAUCAAAGACAAACUCUCUGAAAUUAAACAGUUAAUUGAGAACUUUGACAUCAGCAUGUUUUGCCAUGAUGUAAAGGAUUACCUUCUCUCAAUUGAUUUGGCUAUGUAUGUUGAGCAGCUAUCAUAUAAAAUCCCUUCUUCAGAGAUAAAGAAAGUGAUUGAAUCCAUGAGAGAGGUUAUUGUAAACUGGAUUGACGAAUAUGAAAUCCCCAACAAAUUCAAUACAGUAUAUUUCUACAUAAGGGACCUACUUUUAAAAUACAAUCUUUACGACAAAUUCAAAGAAUUAAUGGAUCAGGUUGUCAUUCUCGUUGAUGAAUUCAAAAUUGUUGAGACUGUACAGUCAGUGGUUGACGCUCUAAAAUCUAUCAACUUUGAGUUUGCUUAUGAUAAAAUUAUGCAGUUUCUGGGUGAUUUGAAAAGUAAACUCAGCACAUUUGACUUUAAGAAAAGCAUUGAUUACCUUAAUCAACAAAUUUCUUCAAUGCUUAAGUCAAUGAAGGAAUUUGACUACCGAGCAUUUGUUGAUGAAACCAACAAGAAGAUUGCGGAAAUUACAAACUAUAUCAAUGAACAGAUUAAAACAUAUGAGAUUGUGCAAAAAAUUGAAGCAGUCAGGGAAUUUUUCAGAGAGAUCCAGAAUUCCAUCUUCACAUACCUGGAGGAACUAAAAAACACAAAGGUGGCUGACGCUCUAAAGAAACUGAAAAAAGUGAUUGACACUACAUUUUACAAUGACAUCAAGAUGAAAAUGAAGGAUAUCCUAGAGGACAUGAGACAAAGAAUCCUUGACAUGGAUAUCAGAGAUGAAAUUUACAUCUACCUACAAAGAGCAAGUGAUUCCUACAGCAAUAUAGUAGCCUACAUUUCUGUGCAGUUCAACCAACUGAUAGAGAAGAUCAAAAAAGUUGCCAAGGACAGCGAGAUCAUCAGUGAGAUGAAGCAAGCUGUGGAUGGAGUUCUGGAAGCAAUGAAAAAAGCUGAGAUCAAAGUUCCCACUUUUACCAUACCGCUUACUGACCUUGUCAUUCCAGCUUUUACACUCAACCUGAACAAACUGCAGGAGAUCAGCAUCCCAGCUCAAUUUUCAGUCCCUGAGAUCACCAUCCUCAACACCUACAGGAUUCCUGCCUUUACUGUAGAUUUUGAUGAGAUCAAAGCAAAAAUAGUUGCAGUCAUACAGGACAUCAAAGAAUUUGAGAUCCAAACACCUGACCCUGAGGAGAUCUUUGGUGACUUAAAAGUUCUCUACCUAUCUGAACUACCAGAUCUCACCUUCCCAGAGAUAACGCUUUCAGAAAUAACAUUUACCGCCAUCACCAUCCCCACAUUAAAUCUAGAGGAUUUUGAAAUAACGAUGCUUCCAAUCCCAGAGAUCAAAUUGCCUGAAGUUCCCACGGACAUUUGCAUCCCAGUUUUUGGCAAACUCCAUGGAGAAUUUAGACUGAACUCCCCACAGUAUACUCUUGUAACUACAUGGAAGAUUGAGAACUCAACAUCCACACCAAAAAACCCACAGUUUACAGCAACUAUUACUUCUAAUGCCAGAUCACCCUUUGAGCCCCUUGAAUACACCUUUGAAGCCACUACUCAAUUGGAAGCUCCAAGAAUGAAGAAGUUGCUAUUCACAGAAAUGGCAAAACUGACGCAUACGGCUUUUUCCGCUGAUCACGAAGGAUCCUUGACACUCACUGGCAAUUCUGCUGAGGCUUCUGCUAAGACCACUAUCAAGGCCAAAACCCAAAUGUACACGGCAGACUUGAUCAACAAUAUGGCCCUUACAAUGAAUAGUGGAAUAUCUGCAGCCAUAGACACAACCUAUGACCACAACUUGGAGAUCCCAUCAAUUGAAACAUCAAGUCAGGCAUCAAUGAAACAGAAUGUAGCAGUCACAGUGGAACCUGGCAGAAUUACUGUGACAGGGGAAACUACUGGUAAUGGAAAGUGGUCAAUUCAAGACUAUUCUGAUGAGGGUACGCACAUAAGCAACGCAGAAUUCAGCAUCAACUUUGGAACUGCCCGGUUAAGUUUUGCAGGAGAAACAGAGUGUAAGGCCUUGAUCUCAAAGCAAACACUGACUGCCGAAUCAGUGAUCUUAAGCCAUAUCACUGUCGAAGGAAGAUGUGAAACUGAAAUUCCGUCUUACAAGAAGAGUGUUAUGGUUUUACAAGGAGAGGCUCAUGUUGGGGACUUGAAAGUUGAACUGACAGCUUCUCAUGAUGCUGAGUUCACUGGAAAUCUAAUUGGAUCCAUGGCCAACUCAUUGGAAUUCAAGGUCCACCCAUUUGAAAUUGUGCUCAAUGUUAAGAAUAAAGUAAACUCAAGGGUUUUGUUGCCCCUGAAACUCACUGGUAAGGUGGAUCUCCAGCAUGAUUAUGGUGUCAUACUUAAUUCUGACAAGCAGAGUGCUUAUUGCACUGCUUUGGCAAGAUUCAACCAGUACAAGUACAAUCAUGACUUUGCAGCAGAAAACAAUGGAAUGGAGAUCUUCUUUCACUCAUCAGCUAAUGGAGAGGCCAAUCUAGAUUUUUUGACUGUUCCUCUCUCUAUCCCAGCAAUAACCAUACCAUACCUUGAAAUUACAUUACCUGAGGUCAGAGACCUUUCUUUAUGGGAACAUGCUGGACUUAAAACCGUUCUUAUAUCUCCUCAACAGUCAUUUGACAUGAACCUGAGGCUUCAUUACUACAAGAAUCCUGAUGUACACAGCUUUGAUUUGCACCUUGAGCCAGUCUACAAUGCAAUCAGUGACAAUGCCAUCAUCAUCCAGGCUCAAUUUGAACAAUGUAGAGACAAAGUAGUGGCACUUCUGAAGAAUUCGUACAACGAAGCAAAGUCACAGUAUAUCAAACACAAAAUUGACACUUCUAGCCUGCCACCUCGAAUCUUCACUGUCCCUGGAUACAACAUACCAAUGUUAAACAUUGAGGUUUCUGCUUUCAGGGCUGAGAUGCCGGCAUUCAGCUACUUUGUUCCCAAGGAGGUCAGCACACCGAGCUUUAAAGUUCCAGCAUUAGGUUUCUCUGUACCGUCCUAUACCCUUGUGCUACCAUCAUUGACAUUACCUGUCAUCCAUGUUCCAGAAACAUUAAGUGAAAUACAGUUGCCUAUGUUCACACUACCAGCCAUUCAGAACAACGUUGUGAUUCCAGCCAUGGGUAACAUAACUUAUGACUUCUCAUUUAAAUCCAAUGUGAUCACCUUAAAUGCUAACGCUGGCCUGUACAACCAAUCUGACAUCGUUGCUCGGUUUGGCGCUUCUUCAACAUCUGUGUUUGACAUUUUGAAUGGAAAAAUCGAUGGCACAACCAGUUUGACAAGGAAGAGAGGAAUAAAACUGGCCACCACAGUGUCCCUGGAACAUUACAAUGUGGAAGCAAACCAUGAAUGUGCUGUUAGUCUUACCAAAAGGAGUAUGGAAGCGUCUGUAGCCAACAUGGCAAAAAUCAACCUACCCUUCCUCAAUCUAGAAUUAAAUCAGGAACUUACUGGAAAUACCAAGACCAAGCCAAAUGUUGUCUCCAAGAAAACACUGAAAUACAUGUUCAACAUUCCUCUGAUUGAGUCUGUUGGCAAAGGACACCUGGAUAUGAACUGGGCACUGGAAGCACUUUCCUCGUACGUGUCCCUGGAGACCAAUACUCAAGGAAAGUCAGACAUAACGAUAAUGGACAGCUGUAACUUUGCUGGUGAUCUAGAAAACGUGGUGACAUUCUAUCUAAAUGCUAAUGGCCUGCGUUCGACUGUCAGAACCGCCCUAAACUCAAACAUUGACAAACAGGAGAAACAGAAACGAAGCUCAAACAACAUCAUCCAUUUUGACCUGAAUAAAAACUUGGCUCUUGAGGUCUCCUUGCGACGUUUGUUUGCAUCAGUAGAUUACACAAGCAGUAACAAUAUUGCUGUUGCAUCUUUCAAUACAAAUGGUAAACAAGUAGUUAAAGGAGAAUUAGAUUUUGUUCCUUUAACAACCUUCACGACUACUUUGAACAUUGAUGCAAGUCAGCCAAGUAGUUUGGGUCAUGCUGGACUCAUUCAAAGCAUCAGCCUUUCCAUCGGCUCAGCAAAGCAGUCUUUCACCUGGAGUGGCAAGGAACAGUUGGCAUCUUUCCUCCAUGCUUGUGAUUUACUCGUAUCGAAUGAUGAAUCCGAAGUACGCAUGGACUUGACUGAGUCAGUUGAAGGCCACCUAGCUUUCUUGAAGUCAGUUAAGCUUCCUGUUUAUCAGAGGACCCUCUGGGAUGUGCUGAAGUUUGAUCAGGCCACAAGUAUGGACGACUUACAAUUCCUUAACAUCUCCUCCAGCAUUGUAUAUACAAAGACCAUGGAUGGCCAAGUUUAUACAAUACCAUCCAAACUUUUUGAUUCUGGUGCCACUUUUAGCAUCCCUGAGAUUAGCAUUGCAUUGCCUUCUUGGGUGAAAGAAAUUCCAGAUUCCAUCAGGAACAUAGACAAGCGGUUUGAAAACGCUGAUAUCCCUGAUCAUAUCACUCUUCCUCCCGUAAUCUCAGUUCCAGCCUUCAAUGUGCCGUUUACAAACUUGCAUGUAGAAACCUUUACAAUUGAUCCUAAGAAUCUUCACAUUCCCAAGGUGAUCACCACCACAGCCUUUGAAAUCAUGCUGCCUGGCAUGCCAAUAAUGUCAGUGCCCAGUUACAAUAUUGAAACAGAGUAUCUGCAAGGGAAAAUGUCCUUCCUUUCAUUCAAGAUGCCCCAGUAUGAAAUUGCAGUAUCAUCUUUCACAUUACCAAAGUCCUUUACCAUUGGCAAGCACAGAGUCAGUCUUGAUGACAUCACAAGUCAGCUUUCAAACUUUGAACUUCCAACCAUUGUCAUUCCUGAGCAAAAAAUUGAGAUCCCUGAAAUUGCUCUACAUCUGCCUUCAAGUGUGUUCAUCCCAGCUUUUGGAGCCCUGAGUGCCACCCUGAAAGUUUCCUCCCCUAUUUAUAAUGUGUCAACAACUGCUGACCUGGAGAAAAAGGACUCGGCCCUCAUAACUUCCCUGAAUUCUAUCUGUACCUCUACCAUAAUAUUCUUGGAAUAUGACCUUUCUGCCAGUGCAACGUUUGAAUUUGAUGAUGGAUUAAUCAGUUUAAAUGGGAAGUGCAACUUAAUUCAUAAUGAUGUAACUGUCAACUGGCAACAUGCUUUGGCACAAAACCUGAGGAUGAAGCGCCAAACCCCCGUGACUGAUACAGUGGGAUUGCGUCAUACUCUUAAUGUUGACAUAACCAGCCCAACAUUUUUCGAUGUAGUCUUCCGUUUUGCUUCCCGCAAAGAUGGCAUCACUGCAUCUAUGUCUUCCCCGUCAUCUGGUUUCAUUGGAUUGCAAAUUCAGCGGAGGUCUGCAUCACAGUUGUAUGGAAAACUGUUCAGUCGCUACCUGUCAACUCCUGAAAGGGAUACUGAUAUUUUCACUGCCAAAGCCACACUCAGAAACUCUGAGAAGUUGAUCUUACAGACGUCAUGGAAUUGGGACUUCCUCCAUGAUGUGACUGAGGGGACCAAGGACAGGAUUCCUGCUAUGACCGAUGCUGUGCUCAAGUUCAUUAACAAGUAUCACACGGCCCACUUUGGCUUUGAUCUCAACCGUGGUGGCAUGAAGCUGAAAAACAGUGUUUCCAAUCUUAUAGAGAGGGCCUAUCAUGAAGUUCCUAUGUCACUGCCAGAUCCAGUCAGAUACAUUGGUGAACGAGGACCAGACAUGUACAGGAGGGCUUCUGACACCUUGAUGUCCAUGAGAAUGCAGUCUGUUAUAGACAGGUUGGCUCACGAGGCUAGACUAAUCCUGAGCUACACCGAAGAUAAGAUCAAUGCCUUGUUAGAUGCAGUCAGACAGUUUUUUAUGGACAGAGAGUUUACAGUGCCUGGUUUUGAAGAGAGGCUCUCGAUCGUGGAGAUGUUCAACCGAGCUCGUUCGUCCGUAUCAGUAGCCACUGACGGGGCGCCUGAAAGGUUUAUCAGCCUCAUGAGGAAGAAAUCUAAUGACAUCAUGGAAACGGUGUUAACCAUUCCUGGAACUGAUAUUACCAUUAAUGGAAAUGAGGUCAUGGAUAAACUGAAGUCCUCUACGAGAUUUGUUUCUGAUCAGCUAGAACAUUCAGUGCUCAGCUUAUUCAACGUGCUCCGCAUGACAGUUGACUACCUCGUCAAGGUGAUUACUGAAAAAGGUGAUGUGAUCAUCACCUACCUACAAGAUAGGAACAUGGAAAUUGCUCCACAAGUUGAUACCAUCCAUGCAGACUUUUUACAACACAUUGAGAAGGCAAAGAUAUCUGUGGCUGAAUAUAAAGACCUCACAAAACGGAAGAUUCAAGUGGCGUAUAGCUCGUUAAACAUGGAACGUGUAAAUGAUGGUACCAAGGAGCUUUUCAGUUUUGUUCAAUCACACGUCUAUGGAAAGCUUAAUGAUGCCAUAGAUCUGAUGAGAAUUACUUCUGAGAGCACAGCACCGUACAUUAAAGUGAGCAAUGGAAAGAUGGACAUUGAAAUUCCUUUACCCUUCCCUUGGAAGUCUUUUAACGAAUGGCCGAAGCACUCCUGGCACUGAAUCAUGCCACUCUCGAUGAAGUGGUUUCAUUAUGGCUGAUCAAAUUGUCUGUCUAUGUGAAAAAAGAUUACUUUCUGUUUGAUGAAAAAAACAAAAACAAAAAAAAACUUGAUAAUGUUGUAAAAACUUCAUUUGAGUUGAAAGAAGUUAUUCUGACGUGAGAUUUCUUUGAAUCUUACAAUUUAUAUAACUGUGUCCAACCGAUAUUUUGCAUCUAAGUUAGAUGUUGGUGUUGAAACUAUACUGAAUGUAAUUUCUUGUGUUUGUCAUACUGCCUCAACAUUUUCCAAUUAAAAUACUUAACCAGAA